CUGGCAACGCCGGCAACUACGCAAGACCGAACGAUGGUGGUGGUGAUGCCGAAGAGAUCCUCCCUCGCUGGUGUGCUCUUGGCAUGCUUGGUGCUGGGCUGCUCGCUGCAAGGCAGCAGCGGCACCAAGUACACGGACGCAGACAUCAAGCGAGCAUACAAUGACGGCUAUGCAGACGGCAUGCAGUCAGUGCUGCGGAACUAUGGUGCCAGCCUGGACAUCGACAAAGGAUCCUCGAUUGAUGUGGAGAUUGAGGAUCAACAGGGCAGAGAGCCCGGCACAACAGGUGCUGGUGCCAGCUGCAGCGCCUUGCGUGAUGGCCUCUCUGCCUAUGGCAUGGAUAACAGCGACGAGGAGCCCCAAGUCUCAGUCACCUCCGACGCCACCCAGCUCGGUCGCUUUACACUCCUAUGGCCGACCACAAUCUACACCGCCGAGUUUGACUUGGACAAAGCCGACGUGCUCCCUGCCGUGUUGGGUGCAGUCCACACACACCACAAGGCGGACGCUUCUUCUUCUGACACGGAUGAUAAUGACGAUGAUAAUGACGAUGAGGACGUGAUCCGCGGGUGGGUCAGCGAUGAGAUGUUGGAGUGGCGUGAUGACACCGUUCGCGCGUUGGAAGCAGCCGUCCUUUCCCACUUCAAGGCCGUGCUCGAAGCCGAUAACCCAGGCUCGACUACCAGCAACCGCGUCAACGUGCUGCUGCAAAUGUGGUCGACGGUGCUUGAGGACGGCGGGUUUGAGCUUCCUGUACAGCACGCGGGCGACUUUGGUGCACACUGGACAGGCAAGCUGGUCCUCGACGCAAGCACCACACUGGUCCUGAUGUCCAAGGACGCGAGCCCUGCGCAGGGGUGGAAGUCAUCGCAGCACCGUGUCGCCCUCUCGUCUGGCGACAUUGCCAUCUUCCCGGCCGAUAUUGUUCACUUCACCCUCCCUGCUCCCCCUGCAGGCCUCACAUCAAUCACCUUCAACAUCAAGGUCAUCAGCGAAUCUCCCGACGCCGGCAGCCCAGGCGUGUUCUGUGCAAACUGCAUCAAGAGCGUGCUAGUGUAACGUGCGCCCUUCAAUACUCACACAUUCCCCCGUUCUCUUUGCGCUCACUCAAAUUACACCACCCGCGUUGA